GUUACAAGCAGCUACAUCCAUCCCAUGGCGGUAGCGGGAAACCAAUGACUCGAUGACUGGUAGCAAGAAGAAAUUCGCUGGAGCUCCUUUUGGGACUCAGAAAUCAAGGUUUGACAUUUCAGCCAUUCAUCCUAAGAGCAAGAAGCCAGGAACAUUCACACAAGUGGCCUACUGCAAGAAAUCUAACACUACAGAGAAAACAUUACUGGGUCCAGGAUGCUAUAGGCUUGACUUGGGAGACUUUAGUGACAGGAAUGUACGACUCCGAGCUAUGGGCCCCAACUGGAAGAGAGCGUUUGAUUCUCUUAAACUAUCAGCCAUUCCUCACAUGCUGUACAGAGACCAAUGGGAAGAGAAGAAACAACUGGUUCUUCAGCUAGGUCCUGGUAGAUAUUCUUUAAUGGAUUUCAUAGAAACCAGUAGAUCAAGGCCAGGGAGCAAUAGAGGAGUAUGUGAAACAAAAGGGCCUAGAUUCUCUGUAGAGAAUAAAAUGCAGGCUGAUAUUCCUGGUCCUGGUACUUAUGGCAAAGGAGGGGUCCCUUGGGCAAUGAUGGAGAGCAAGAGCAAAAAGUCUAUGUGCAUGACAGGAAUGAUGGAGGGAGGGACUGGAAGGAGUUGGGAUUCAUUUAAAGACAAGGGUUCAGGUCUACCCCCAGGCUGUUAUAAGUACAGAAAACCAAUUGACGAGGCUGUUCAGAAGAUGGUGGGUAAUAGAGGACCAUACGACUUGUGUACUGGUAAGAGGAUACCAGAGAAUAAAGGAGUACUCAAUACGGCACAUAUGGGGCCUGGACGCUAUGAAUUAAAGUCAUUCACCAAUGAAUUCAAUGACAAUCAUCAUAAAAGACAUGGUCGGUUUGGCUCUAUUGCUCAGUAUCCAAUGCCACCGACUGAAAGGAUAUAUUGUGCCACACUCAGUCAGUGGCCUCGUAACAAAGAUGAUCCUAGUCCUGGCUAUUAUGAAUACUAUAAGAAAAGAGCAUACUCAGCUCCAAGCUAUAAGUCGGUCGCAUUUGAUUCCUCAGCUAAAAGAUUAAAGAAAUUACUAUUUAAUCCCAUUGGUCCAGGGCAGUAUAAUACUGAUCGCUGGGAGAAGGCUCAACAUGUCAAUGGCAUGACAUUCGUCUUCAAAUCCCACCAGUCUCGGCUCCCUUGCGUCAACUCAUCACGAGAGGACCUCCUUAAUGAAAGAAUACACCCAAAGCACGCAGAUGAGGCUGGCCACCUUAGUAUAGUACCAGUUGAGGCACCGUGUUAGCAGCCAGACCUUUUGACAUCAUGCAAUUGUUGUUUUAAAUUAACUCAGGCUUAUAGAGUCAUUGACUGGCUAUAGAAUCAAUAAUAAUGGAUUAAUUUUAGUUUCAUUGUGACAUUAUUUUGCAAUACAUUAUAGUCCUCAUUGUUUGGUAUUAA